GCGAACAUGGCGGCGGCGGCGCUGGCGCGGCUGGCCGCGGCCCUGCUGCUGCUCUCGGCCCAGGUGGCCAGUGAGUAUGGCAUGCUACAUGUGGUCUCUGAGAGUGGUGUCCCCAAGGGCAAGGACUACUGUAUCCUGUACAAUCCACAGUGGGCCCACUUGCCGCAUGAUCUCAGCAAGGUGUCUUUCCUGCAGCUGCGUGACUGGACAUCCUCGUUGCUGUGUUCUUUGAGUGACCUUCCAGCUGGUGGCUUUAGCAACCAGAUCCCACUAGUGGCCCGUGGGAACUGCACCUUUUAUGAAAAAGUGCGGCUGGCACAGGGCAGUGGGGCGCGUGGGCUGCUCGUGGUCAGCAAGGAGAAACUGGUUCCCCCAGGAGGCAACAAGACUCAGUAUGAAGAGAUUGGCAUCCCUGUGGCUCUGCUUAGCCACAAGGACGUGCUAGACAUCUUCAGGAGCUUCGGGCAUGCUGUGAGGGUGGCGCUGUAUGCGCCCAGUGAGCCUGUGCUGGACUACAACAUGGUCAUCAUCUUUGUCAUGGCCGUGGGCACUGUUGCCCUUGGUGGCUACUGGGCUGGCAGCCAUGAUGUGAAGAGAAGGUACAUGAAGCACAAACGUGAUGACGGACUCGAGAAACAGGAGGACGAGGCGGUGGAUUUGACUCCUGUCAUGAUCUGCGUGUUUGUGGUCAUGUGCUGCCUCAUGCUGGUGCUGCUCUACUUCUUCUAUGACCACCUUGUCCACGUAGUCAUUGCCAUCUUCUGUCUGGCCUCUUCCACUGGCCUCUACAGCUGCCUGGCACCCUGCAUUCGCAGGCUGCCCUUCUGCAGGUGCAGGGUUCCUGACAACAGCCUGCCAUACCUGCACAAGCGCCCCCAGGUCCACAUGCUGCUGUUGGCGCUGCUCUGCAUAGCUGUCAGUGUAGUGUGGGGCAUCUUCCGUAAUGAGGACCAGUGGGCCUGGGUCCUGCAGGACACACUGGGCAUUGCCUUCUGCCUCUACAUGCUGAAGACGAUCCGCCUACCCACCUUCAAGGCAUGCACACUGUUGCUGGUGGUGCUGUUCGUCUAUGAUGUCUUCUUCGUCUUUAUCACACCCUUCCUGACCAAGAGUGGGAACAGCAUCAUGGUGGAGGUGGCUACUGGGCCUGCAGACUCGGCCACUCGUGAGAAGCUGCCCAUGGUGCUGAAGGUGCCUAGGCUGAAUGCCUCACCACUGGCCCUGUGUGACCGGCCCUUCUCCCUCCUGGGCUUUGGGGACAUCUUGGUGCCAGGACUUCUGGUGGCCUAUUGCCACAGGUUUGACAUCCAGGUACAGUCAUCCAGGAUCUACUUCAUGGCCUCUACCAUUGCCUACGGCCUGGGCCUGCUGGUGACAUUCGCAGCUCUAGUGUUCAUGCAGCGGGGACAGCCAGCGCUCCUCUACCUGGUGCCCUGCACGCUGCUGACAAGCUGUGCCGUGGCGCUGUGGCGCCGGGAGCUUGGUGCCUUCUGGACAGGCAGUGGCUUUGCGAAGGACCUCUCUCCACCCCCGUGGGCCCCAGCUGAGGGUCCUCAACCUCCAAAGGAUGUGGAUGUCCCUCCCCCUCAGCAGCCUGCAGGUGAGGAGCCAGCCCAGUCACCCCUGUCUGCCAAGCAGUCCCUGGAGCCAGCCACACCUGAGAAGGACACCAGCCUGGCUGGGAGCAGCCCCAAAUCUGCAGGUGGAGACCAGGCCCAGCCAGGCACUUCUGCCUAGGGAGAGGAGGUGCGAGAGCUGGGCCCUUGAUGCCAUCCAUGCCAGAGAUGCGGCCACCAGGGGCCUGGGGGAGAACCAGGCUCAGCUGCCACCCCCAUCAUGGUGCUCAGCCUUUGGAGGCCCACGCUGUUCCUCCUCCUCAGCUGCACCCCAGCCUCAGCCCUGCUCCAUGCUUGGCCACCAGCACUGGGCUCCACGUCUUCCGCCCGCUGUCUGCUUCAUGCAAGGCCGGCCACCGUCGGUGCUUGAUCUGUCCUGUGCUUGGAGUCUCUUGGGGGGCUGAGCUGCUGUGGGCCAGAAGCUGUGUCCCAGCUUUGUGGGUUUCCAUGGACAGACCCAGAUGCAGGCACUGUGGUCCUGGGUGGAGGCUACCCCUCCCAAAGGAGUCAGUGGGGAAGCCUGGGCCAGGACAUGGCCAUGGGAGGCCAGACCCAACCCGGGAUGAGGGUCUAAAGGCUGCGACACCGCUCCAAUAAAUGGUCACCACUGCUUGGGAUGCUGUUGUGUGGCCUGUAGAAGGACACCCACAGGGCUUGAAGGGCCUUGGCUCACAGAUGCUCUCUUCAAGUCCCUGUCACCACUCUCCGCCCCAGCAGGUGGCCUCUGGGAUGUUCCAGGAUGUUCCAGAACUAGUGUUUUGUCCUCUACCUCACCCUUGGGGCUUGGCCCCAUGACAUGUCUGUGGCAGAGCCUGCCUGAUGCAUCUGGUCCUCAUGUCAUAGCUGCUUGUCACUCUGAAGCAGCUGUCCCCACACCAGUGGUGAGGGACAUUUAGCCCAGCACCCCCCACACUGGGAGUCAGGAGCCCUGCAACAGGGUAACAGGUGGUGACAGCCAGGCUCACCAUCAGUAGUACCACCUUGGCAUCUACAGGGAAAGGGUAGCUUCCCUUUGACCCAGGUGAGUGUUGUCAGGAGUGCCAGGCCUGUCCUGCCAUGGACACCACCGAGGACAGAAUUCAAAGGGUCCGGCCACCCUGCUUCCGCCAGUCGGACUGCGCCUUAACAAGCCAUUUUAUACAUGUGUGUCAGGGCCCUUUUGUCCCUGGGUCUGCCAUGUGACCAGCGUGGAGGAGCUCCUGGUGAUGCGACCUCCUGGGGUCCCAUUUGUAUGUUCUCUGCUCCGGCCAGUCUGGUAAUAAACAGGUUUUGAUACUGGAA